AUGCCUUCUUUCAGCAACUGGUUUACGGCCGGCCUGAUGGCCACCUCGGCCAUGGCCAUGCCGCACGCCAAGCGCGCGGCAUCCAAGCGCGGUGCGGCCUACAACGACGUCUCGCUGGUUAACUCCCUCGGCGGCGCCAACGCCGUGACCUGGGCCUACGACUGGUCGCUGGACAGCACGCUUGGCACCGGGCUCGGCCUCCCCAGCGGUGUCCAGUUCGUGCCCCAGAUCUGGGGCCCGAGCGACCUAGGCUCCGUGACCACUGUCUUGUCAGCCCUCCUCGAGAGUGGCUGCGAGUACAUCCUCGGUUUCAACGAGCCGGACAUGCCCUCGCAGUCCAGCAUGGCACCCACCGAUGCUGCCAAUGCCUACUUGACCCAGAUCGUGCCGUUUAAGGGUAACGCCAAGCUGAUCUCGCCGGCUGUGACCUCGUCCACGACUCCGGGCAUGGGCCUGAGCUGGUUCGAGGAAUUCAUGGGCGUUUGCGGCACUGGGUGCGAUCUCUCCGGUCUCGCUGUGCACUGGUACGGCGAUACCGUUGAUGAGUUCACCACCUUUGUCCAGCAGGCUAUGAGCACGGCAUCCCAGUACGGCCUGCCCGAGGUUUGGUUGACGGAGUUUGCGCUCAACGCUGAUGUCAACGGCGUCGCUAAUGCCAACAACACCGCUGCCUUCCUUAAGAAAGUCCUCCCCUGGCUCGACGGCCAGGACCAGGUCACUCACUACUCCUACUUCAUGACUGCUGAGAACUAUCUCUUCACCAAUGGCGCCACCAACGACGCUGGCCUGGCUUAUGUUGGUGCUGCGUAA